AUGUUAAAGCAAAAGAGUGUAAUUGAUUCAGAUUCAAUAUAUCCAAUUAUCACUUAUGAGGUUGCAAAUAAAUUGGGUUUUGAAAAAGAUAAAAGUUUACCCAAUAUUAUCAAUAAAGUG